GUGUAGAGGAUAUUUGCAUGAAAUGUCAGUACAUUGCGUCUUGUUUUUGUCUGAUUUCAUUGUAUAAAAGUAUAUGAAAGCGUUUUGUGCGCCGCGCUCGUGUUUGAUUUAGACAUCAAUGGCUGGCGAUGCCUGCAUAGCGUCAUACUCAGAAUUCAUAUUUUCAUCCCUCUCAUAAGCUCUCUGCGGCAGGCAUAUCACUGCACUGUAAUUGCAUUUGUGUAAAACAUAGACUCGGUAGCACACACACACACACACACACACACACACACACACACACAGUGAAUUCCGCAUUUAAGGCGUGUGCACGUUUCUAGCCGCUGCAUUCUAGUAAUGAAACGCGUUCGGCGCACCGUAUGGUGAACCGUAUGCCACUGUUCCGUUAUGUCAGGUGUGUUGGCUGAAGAUCAGCAUCGCCGUAAACGUCACGUCAGUGUACCAGCGUCUCCUGCCUCCACAGCAGCCCAUGUGUUGGAUCAUACAGAGCUAGUGGGGUCUUUAUCAAAUAUUAAAAUGGAAGUGAAAGCAGCUGCUCGUGUUAGAGGGGACUGAAGAUUGAAGGCAGAUUGCCUGUCUCAGGCCAUCCAAAACGGAGUGUCUGAGGUUAUGGAGGAGGAAAGCAACUUGAAGAAACGAAAAAGCGAUCAACAAGGCAACCAGGGCUCUGAGACUGGUCAGGAGGUGGUGGAGAAAGUCAAAAAGCGACGGGGUCGCCCUCCUGCCGAGAAACUGCCGCCCAACCCUCCCAAGCUCACAAAACAGAUGAACACCAUUGUAGACAUGGUCAUCAACUACAAGGACAUGUUGGGCCGACAGAUCAGUAAAGGUUUCGUUCAGCUGCCCUCAAGAAAAGAGGUGCCAGAGUACUACGAGCUCAUCCGCAAGCCAGUUGACUUCAGGAGGAUCAGGGAGAGAGUACGUAAUCACAAAUAUAGGUGCAUUGCUGACCUGGAAAAGGAUAUCAUGCAGAUGUGCCACAAUGCUCAGACGUUUAAUCUGGAAGGAUCUCAGAUCUUUGAGGACUCCAUUGUUUUGAAGUCUGUUUUUGAGAGUGCAAGACAGCGAAUAGUGGAACUCAGCGAGGAAGACAAUGAUGCUGUUGGAAGCAGUGAAGCAGAUGGUGGCCAACUUUUAAAUCUAGAUCCUCCUGUUUCCAAAUCAACAAAUGCCAAGUUGGAUGAAAAAAAGGAGAAAAAUAAAACCGAUCCUAGUAAUACCAGUUCAAAGGAGGUCACAAACAGUGAUGAAGACCUUGGCAAAGAAUGUGAGAAUAACACAAGAGGACUAUUAAAUUAGACCCCAAAUGACAGUCUGAUAAAAAUAGCAUUGUAUGCCAUUUUAAGAACAUUGUAUGGCCAUUUCAGUCCAGUUUCCUUGAUGUUUCGGUCAAGAAAUUGCUCAGAAUGUGAUCUCUCAUUAUUACGGUUGCUUAAAACUCCUUUGUAAAACCUUUGUAUUCUAAAAAUAACAUUGUUAAUGCAGUGCUUCUGCAGUGAUACAUCUGAAAUUGGCAUUGUUUUAAUGUAUUUAUAAAAUGUAAAUAAGUCAUAAACCCAAAAUAGGUAUAAAAUAUCAUUGUAAAAAAAAAGGUCUGUCAGUUCGGACUGCCUGAAAACUUUCACUCUUUUUGGAUGGAAAAUUGGUGGUAUGACAUUAUGAUAUUGUAUGAUCGUUUAAACGGAUGCAUUCAAUCUUUCAAGAUGGUAUAAGCUGUGCUAAAUUUGCAAGCUAUUAUGUCUCUGUUUCAGAGAAUUUUUAAUCUGUGGUUUUUGUGACUGAAUACUCUGUCAUUCCCUCUUUGUAUGUGUCCCUUUCUUCAUUAAACGUUAAUAUCUAUUUUAUUUUUUUAAAGGAACAUUUUUAUCCAGCAGCUCUUUAUCCUUCUUUAGUUAUCACAGGGUUUUAACUAUCUAUACAUAGAGGAGCUGGGGCAUGAUGGCAAUGUAUUCUUUGGUGACAGAUCAGAUACUGCCCUCAAAGAGAGGCACUGAUGCUGUCACGUUUGUGUGUUCAGUUUAUGAUGGAUGGGAGAAGUGGUGUGUUUGUAGACAGAUUCUGCAAAUUAAAGUGUAUGCGGUUUCUAUGAUGUGAAAGGACAAGGUUUGAGUCAUCAUAUUACAAAAAUAAACGAUUUUAUGAAAUCACAGGCA